CAGCGCGCUUUGGCGGUUGCCAGGACACAACGAAAACGCCGAGCGCGGUCGGGUGCGGCUGCCCGGGAGGACGCGAUUGCAGCGGAGAGAGGCGGCGGCUUCACGGGGGCCGGGAUGGCGACCAGAAAGCGAGAGCUGAGCGUUAGUGAGAAGCAUCAGAAGUUAGUAGACGAGAACCUACGCAAAUCGAUGCAUGUUCAAGUCUUGCAUAAGCUGGAGAGGCAAACCAAGAACCAGAUGGUGCAGAACGAGGACGACGAGAGGGUUGGCCGGAUGCGAUUCCUCAGGGUGCUGCAGGAUGAGCAGUUUGAGCUGGACAUGGAAGAAGCCAUCCAAAAAGCAGAAGAGAACAAGAUGUUGCGAGACCGACAGCUUCAACAGGAAGAGAGACUCGCCAUCGAACUGGCCAGGCUGAAGCACGACUGUCUGAAGGAUGAAAAGAUGAGGCAGCAAGUGAGAGAGAACAGUAUUGAGCUCAGAGAAUUGGAGCAGAAAUUGAAAGCCGCUUACAUGAACAAGGAGAGAGCAGCCCAGAUUGCUGAGAGGGACGCCAUCAAGUACGAGCAAAUGAGACGUGAUGCUGAAAUAGACAGAACCAUGAUGGAGGAGCACGAGAGGCUGUUGCAGGAAGAGAAUGUAAAGAAAGACCGACGGAACAAGGAGAAGGCACAGUACCACCUGGACCUGGAGAAGCAGCUGGAAGAGCAAGAGAGGACAAAGCAGGAGGCAUAUGAGCAGCUGCUGAAAGAGAAACUCAUGAUCGAUGAAAUUGUCAGGAAGAUCUACGAGGAAGACCAGCUGGAAAGACAACAAAAAUUAGAAAAAAUGAAUGCAACUCAGAAGUAUAUUAAGGAGUUCCAGAGGACUCAGGCCCUCUGGAGACAGAAGAAGCGUGAGGAGAUGGAGGAAGAGAAUAGGAAAAUUCUAGAGUUUGCAAACAUACAGCAGCAAAGAGAAGGCGAACGGAUGGCCAGAGUUCAAGAGAGUGAGGAAAAGAGGGUCCAGCGUCAGAAUAUGCUGAUCCAGAAGUUGGAAGAAACAGUGCGACAGCGGGAGGAUCUGGAGAAAGUGCGGCAGGAGCUGUACCUGGAGGAGCAAGCCGCGAUAAACAGACUGAAACUGAAAGAAGAAGUAGAACAGAAACUGCAGAAGCAGAAGGAGAUGAAGCAGGACUUUGAAAACCAAAUGGCACUGAAGGAACUAAUACAACAGGCUGCAAAAGAGGAGGAAGAGGCCUUUAGGAAAGCCAUGCUGGCCAAGUUUGCCGAAGAUGACCGGUUAGAGCUCCUGAAUGCCCAGAAACGCCGGAUGAAGCAGCUGGAGCACAGACGAGCUGUGGAGACCCUCAUGAGAGAGCGGCGCUGCCAGUUCCUCGCAGACAAACAACGUGAACUGGAGGAAUUGCAGCUACAGCAAAGACAACAGGGCUGCAUCAAUGAGAUUAUUGAAGAAGAACGGCAGAGACUCCUCAAAGAACAUGCUACAAAGUUGCUAGGCUAUCUCCCCAAAGGAGUUUUCAAAAGAGAGGAUGAUGUUGACAUGCUUGGUGAAGAGUUUAGGAAAGCGUAUCAGAAAAGGAGUGACUUCUGUCUUGAAGAGAAGUGAUCUGCACAAGAUUUGGUGAAACCUGGAGUUUUCAGAUGCCACCACUCAAUAUCAGUGUAACUAUUGUUUUACAGUUCUAAAACACCCUAAUAUUUCACCAUCUAUAGUUAGACAAAAAUUAAACACAUUAGUACUUUAACUGCAGGAUUAGUCACUUUAUUCACUUGGCAUUCUCUGAUGCCAUGUGUCCCAGAAUUUCACAGAACCACAGAGGCCACACACAGAAGCUAACUACUCGGUGCUUCUGGUACUGCGGUUCAGAGAUUUCUCUGUGUACUCAUCUUCAACUCUGCACAGAUGUCUCUUCAGUACACUGAUCUUUAAAACUUACAUAUUCUUGGCUGGGCACAGUGGCAUGUACCUGUGAUCCCAGCACUCAGGGAGGCAGAGGCAGGUGGAUGUCUGUAAAUUUGAGGCCAGCCUGGUCUACAAAUUGAGGCCAGGACAGCCAAGGCUACACAGACAAACCCUAUCUCAUAAAAACCUAAAUCAAUAAAUAAAUAUUCCUGAAAGCAGGGCGAAUAUACCAUCACGAGAAACCCACACACUGGCUGUUUCCUGGGGUGUUCACUACAUCCCCACCAGUAGCCUGUGAUGGCUUUUCCUCUCUAUCCUCCCAAACAUGUUUCUUUUAUCUUUCAAAGGGUUUAUUUUUGUUUUGUGUAUAUGGGCGUUUGUCUGCAUGUUUGUAUACGUACCACAUGUGUGCAAAACCUGAGGUGGCCAGAAGAGGGUGUCAGAUCUCCUGGAACUGGAGUUUGAGAUGGAUUUGAGCUGCCAUGUGGGUGUAGAGGAUCUACAAGAGCAGCCAGUGUUCACAGCUGCUGUCUCCAGUCUAUAUCAUAUAUAUAUAUGUGUGUGUGUGUGUGUGUGUGUGUGUAUCAUAUAUAUACUGUAUGAUGCCAUAUAACACACACACACAUACAGGUAUUUUUCUGUUCUCUGUCUCCCUCCCUCCCUCCUUGCCGUUCAGUUCAUACAUGUUUGGUUUCUGGGUUGGGUUUUUUUUUUUUGUUUGUUUGUUUUUGUUUUUUUGGAAACAGGGUCUAUCUAGGUAGCCCUAGCUGUCCUGAAACUCCCAAAGAUCUACCUGCUUCUGCUUCCCAAGUACUGGGAUUGAAGGCAUGUGCCACCAUGCUAGGCUCAGACAUGUUUUGGGAUUUUAACAUUUUUAACUUAUUCUGUAGUUUGUUCCCUUUCUGUGUUGUUUCCUUUCUGUGCAGCUUUGUAAUCAUUGUUUUUGUGGUCAUAUCUUUAAAAAAUAAAAAUAAAAAACCAAAACACUACCACCACCACCAAACUUCUGCCUGGAUCAAGGUGUGGAGCUCUCUGCUGUCCUCUAGUCCCCGCUGGCCACUACCACCAUUAGCACAGCUUUGUGUAGGCUGCUUUGAAGUUAGCUGGUAUUUUGCCUCUUAUUUGGAAGGUCACCUUUGUGUUCUCGUGCUCCAUGUGAAUUACAGAAUUGUUUUUUCUGUUUCUGAAGAAUGCUCUGGGUGUUUCCAUGGCGACUGCAUUGAGUAUACAGACCUCUCUGGGCAGUAUAAAGACAGUUUUCUAGGGGCUGGAGAGAUGGCUCAGAGGUUAAGAACACUGGCUGUUCUUCCUGAGUUCAGUUCCCAGCAACCACAUGGCGGAUCACAACUAUCUAUAGUGCGAUCUGGUGUGCAGGCAGAAUGUUGUAUAAAUAAUAAAGAAAUCUUUUAAAAAAUACAGUUUUCUAAUUCAUAAACAUGAUAUAGCUAUCCACCUCUGCCUCCCAAGUCCUGGGGUUAAAGGCAUGUGCCACCAUGCUGGGCUCAGACACGUUUUGGAAUUUUAGCAUUUUUAACCUAUUCUGUAGUUUGUCCCCUGUGUUGUUUCCAUCACCAGUCUCCUGGGUUGAAUUUAGUCUUAAAUGUUCUUUGUUAGAUAUUACAAAAUGGGCUUAGUGUAAACUUUGACACUUGGCCGUUGGUGUAUGGAAGUGCCGCUGCUGUCUUUUGCCUGUGUGUUACCCCAGGGAAUGAAUCUUGGGUCUCACACAUGCCCUGACUCUGAGCUAUAGCUCAAGCCUGUUAUUUUUGCUAUUACGGCUACCAAUUUUUAUGUAUUAGUUUUGUAUCUUGUAACUUUACUUAGUUCAUUUGAUCUGAAACAUUCUUGAUAAUGGACAAUUCAACUUUUUCUUCCCAGUCAUCAUGUUUUUCUUUCUCUUGCUGGUUAUCUCUAGUUAGCAUUAUUGCGAUGAUUUUUUUAAAAAGAUUAAUUUUACUGGUUGUUUUCCUGCACGUAUGUGUGUACAUGUAUGGAAUGACUAAGAAAGCCAGAAGAGGGCAUCAUAUCCUCUGGAAUUGGGAGUUACAGAUGGUUUUCAGCCACUGUUUAUAUGGUGGGAACCAAAUCUGGUUACUCUGGAAGAGCAGCCAAUGCUGGUUUUUUGCUUUAUUUGUUUGUUGGGUUUUGUUUUGUUUUGUUUUCUUAAUGGGGAAGGAGUUAGACUGGGUUUACUGUGUAGACCAGGCUGCCCUCGGACUCACAGAGAUCCGCCUGCCUCUGCCUUCCAGUGCAGGGAUUGAAGGCGAACACCACCGUCCAGUCCAGCCAGUGCUCUUAACUGUCUGAUCAGGUCUUGCAGGUGUUGCCAACCUGGCACCUGGUCAGGGUAAUUAUGAACACAGCCCAACACAAAGCAAACGUAGAACUUUAUGCAAAAUUUUUGUGUUUUUUUUUUAAAUUUUGUAAUUCUGCUGCACAGUUCUUGAGUGUGUACUUUUUAGAUGACUGUCAUGUCACAGUAUCAAAAAGUUGGAAACACAAAUAUGUGAGGAUAAGCUUCAGCUUUUCUUUGUUCAGUAUGUUGGCUGUGGGGUUGUCAUAUAUGACUUUCUGUCAAAGUAUAUCCCUUCUGUAACCUACUCUGCUGACAGUUUCUGCAUGAAGUAUUGCUCAGUCAUAGGCUUUCUGCUCUACUGAAUUUACAAACUGUUUCUUCCUUCUAUCAAUGUGACAUGUUUAUUAAUUUGAAUGUUGAAUCAUCUAGGAUGAAACCCACUUCAUCAUGGUGAGUGAUCUUUUCCUGCACUGUUGAAGUUGGUUGCUGGUGCUGUGGUGGGCAAUUCUGCAUCUGAGUGGACCAGGGAUACUGGGCUGCGGGAGUUGUUGGCUUGGUUUUGUUUACUUGUUUGUUGCUCUUGCAUGAUUUUGGUAUCAGGAUGAGCAUAUUUGAAUGUGGAGUAGUCUUUAUGUCAGUGUAUUAGAAUUGUUUGAGAAGAACCGCUAGUCUUUAAAUGAGUGUUAGAAGCGAGCAGGGAAGCUCUCGGGUCCUGGGUUCUUCUUUGAGGAGAUUUACUUUAUAAGAGCUGUUUUUAAGUAUUUUUAUUUUAUGUGUAUCACUGAGUGCAUAUCUGUGCACCACGUUUGUACAACAGUCAGUGGAGGCCAGAAAAGGGCCUCGAAUCCCUAGAACUGGACUUACGUAGGUGGUAUUUUCUGUCUCUUCAUAGUUACUUCUUGGUAGUAUAUCUCCAGAAAUCAGUUCAUUCUGUUUUAUCCAAAUUAUUCACUUAUACUACUCUUGUGAUCAUUUGUAUACAGUAAAAUGGUGUGUCCCUUCUUUCCAUCUCUGGACAUUUCCUGUUGGCUAAAAGUCACUGAUACUGUGUCCCGACAAGCCAGCUGUUUCAUGUGGGUUGAGUAUGUGCUGUAGCUGCAAUUGCUUGGGAGAAAAGUUGGGAUUUUUUGUUGCUGCUGUUGUUUUUAUCUUGGACCAUUUAAAAUACACAUAAUUAAAGGUCUUGAGAAUGGAAAAUAAAUUUCAAUGUGACCUUCACUGGUCUGUUUGAUGAGACAGUGAGACACACUAGCAUCAAGCUCCCUGUUGACAGCACGCUGCUGACCGUCCUGCGUGCACCACCAUGCUCAACUAGGACUAAUCCUUUUAUUUUUUUUUAAAAAUAAAAUCUUUAAUUCCUAAUCUUAUUAUUUGUGAGUGUGGGUGUGACCUGUGCUUGUCAUAGUUGCAUGUGGGGCUCGGGGCAGCUUGCAGGACAUUCUCUUUCCACCACGUGGGUCCUAGGCCUGGUAGCAGGUGCCCUUUCCUCCUGAGCCGCCUCACUGGCCUUCAUUUAUUUUUAAAAAUGGACCUUAUACUCACAACCUGGAGGUAAUUUUACUCAUUACUUUCAGUGAACCUGUGUUUUGCCUGCAACCUGUCACAUGAAGUCAGAUUUGGUAUUUUACACUUACACUUACAGUUUCAAAUUAAUGACAGAACAGAUUCUGCGGGGGCUGGAGAGAUGGCUCAGAGGUGAAGAGCACUGGCUGCUCUUCCACAAUCCCCAGCAACCACAUGGUGGCUCACAACCAUGUAUAAUGAGAUCUGGUGCCCUCUGCUGGUGUGAAGGCCUGCAUGCAGGCAGAACACUGUAUACAUAAUAAAUACAUCUUUAAAAAGAUGAUAAAACAUGCAACUUAAAAAAAAAAAAAAACAGAUUCUGCAGCGUUUUGAGAGUUGACUUUUCAACAUUUUGGGCUGCAUGACCUGUACCAUCUUUGUAAUGUACUCCUUCCUUGACUCUCCCGUUUUUCUUGUGCUAACCACAUUGGAUUUGGUUCUGGCACGUCACUUGGACAUUUCUGCAGUGCUAAGAUGACUUUCUUCUUAUGUAGUUAUUUUAUUUCCGCAAACUUCCCCCAGGGAUACUUUUAUUGUAUUGAAUAUAUUUCGUUAUGUUCCCAUCUUAUGGAAAACUUUGCUUUGCUCUCAUGAGCCUGCUCGUUAUUCAGGAACAUGGUGUGUUAUUUGCACGUGUCGUAAAGUCUUGAAGUUUCUCUUGUUAGUCUGUUCUUUUAUACCAUCACAGACCACAAAGAUUCAUGGUAUAAUUUAUAAUUUGUCUUCUUAAAUUUGUUAAGAUACCUGAUCCAUGCUGGAGAGUAUUCUAUAUAUUUGAGAAGGUAUAUAUAUAUUAUGCUGCUGGA